CCUGGAGAGGGUCAUGUUGGUGGGUAUGCUCUUGCUCCACAAUUCUCUCCUUUUUGCAUGUGCCCGAUUUAGCCACAUCCUGCUUCUGGCCUGUUAUACUCAUAUAUACUCACUCAGGCAAUCCCUUCUCUUACCUCAGUUCAAGCCUGUAAUAGGAGCACCAGCACUAAUUGAGGCACUUGAUGUGACCAAGGAGUGUAUUGUACUGCACUCAGCAGGGUUCUACAUCAUAAAAGACAAGCAUGCUACUGAAAAAUCCUUGAACCCUGCGAAAGAACUGAUUGGAGGAUAUGGUCCAGUUUUUGAGGAGCAGCCCCAGAACACAUUGUUUCCUGAAGGUUCAGAGGAGCAACUCACCCUAUCCUGCCGUGCACGGGCCAUCCCAUCUGCUACCUACAGAUGGAAGCUCAAUGGCACAGAACUGAACCUGGUGGAUAACCCCAGUUACCAACUGGUGGGAGGGAACCUGGCCAUCUCUAGCCCUACACAAUCGAAACACACAGGAACCUAUCAGUGUGUUGCCUCUAACCCCAGGGGUACAGUGCUCAGUAAUGAAGUCUCUCUGCGCUUUGGAUAUUUGCACGAGUUCCCCCCUGAGGAGAGGGAUCCAGUGAAAACAACAGAGGGAUGGGGAGUUAUGCUGCCAUGUAACCCUCCGCUGCAUUAUCCAGCUUUGUCGUACCGCUGGCUACUGAAUGAGUCUCCUACGUUUCUGCCUGCUGACAGCAGGUAUUUUGUGUCCCAAGUGACAGGAAACUUGUACAUCUCGCACACAAAGGCAGAGGAUGAAGGGGGAUAUUCCUGCCUGACUACCAGCCACAUCACAUUUACCACCAAAAGUGUUUAUAGCAGCUUCACCCAACUCAGCAUCACCCAAAAUGAGCCACGUCUGUAUGCCCCAAGUAUUAAAUUGCGGUUCCCGGCUGAGACAUACACUCUUUCCAGACAGUCAGUGACAUUGGAGUGCUUUGCUUUUGGGAACCCAGAGCCUAGCAUCCGAUGGAGAAAGGUGGAUACAACACAACCCCCUCAGUGGUUUGCUUCAGACCCUGUUCUGCACAUUCAGAGUGUCAGCUUUGACGAUGACGGAACCUAUGAGUGUGAAGCUGAAAACUAUAAGGGCCGGGACACCUACCAAGGACGUGUGAUAGUGCAAGCCCAACCAGAAUGGCUUCAGAUUAUCUCUGACACUGAAGCAAAGAUUGGUUCUGAUCUUAGAUGGAGCUGUGCAGCCUCUGGAAAACCACGUCCUACAAUUCGCUGGCUGCGGAAUGGUAAACCACUAAUAUCACAGGCUCGAGUGGAGAUAAACAAUGGACAACUGAAAAUCACCAAUCUGAAUCUAGAGGACUCGGGCAUGUACCAAUGUGUAGCAGGGAACAAGCAUGGCACCAUUUACACCAGUGCAGAACUCAGUGUGCAAGCGUUAGCCCCUGAUUUUCGUCUAUCACCGGUAAAGCCACUGAUUCCUGCAGCACGUGGUGGGGAAAUCACUAUACAGUGUAACCCACGGGCAGCGCCUUCCCCAGUCAUCCUUUGGAGUAAAGGGACUGAACUUUUGCGCAACAGCAGCAGAGUAAUGAUCACAGCCAAUGGAACACUAAUCUUGAAGAAUAUUUCUCGUUCUGAUGAAGGGAAUUAUACUUGUUUUGCUGAGAAUCUCAUGGGAAAAUCAAACAGUACUGGCAUCCUGAGUGUGAGGGAAGCCACUAGAAUCACCUUGGCUCCUUCUGGAUCAGAUAUUAACCAGGGAGACAGUGUCACGUUGCAAUGCCAUGCCUCCCACGAUCCUACUAUGGAUCUCACAUUUACAUGGGAGCUGGAUGGUGUGACCAUCAACUUUGAGAACGAGGACGGACAUUAUCAAAGAGCUUCAGCGGAUGAAGCUGUUGGAGACUUACGUAUUGUUAAUGCAAAACUGAGGCAUGCUGGGAAAUACACAUGUACAGCACAGACUGUAGUAGACCGAGCCUCAGCUUCAACAUCUCUCCUCAUACGAGGGCCCCCUGGUCCACCAGGAGGUGUGGUUGUUAGAGAUGUGAGGGAAACAAAUGUUCAGCUGACUUGGAGUCGAGGCUUUGAUAAUCACAACCCUAUAAGUCGUUAUAUGGUGCAGUUUAGUGAGCCGGAAACAGAAGUAUGGAAAACAGCACGGACAGAUCCUCCCACUGUGGAGGGAAAUGCGGAGUCCGCUCUUGUGGUUGGACUAACUCCAUGGACAGACUAUUUAUUCAGAGUAGUUGCCAGUAAUAUUUUAGGAGUUGGGGAACCCAGUGUUCCUUCUGCCAUAAUCAGAACAAAAGAAGCUGCUCCCAUUGUUGCCCCAUCAGGAGUUACUGGAGGAGGGGGUGCACCAAAUGAGCUCACAAUUACCUGGACGCCUCUGGGAAGACAGUACCAGAAUGGAGAUGGCUUUGGAUACAUCAUUGCCUACAAGAGAAAGACCGAGGACUCCUGGCAGAUAGCUAAAGUGUCUGGGGCACAGUCUCAGCACUUUGUAUACAGAAAUGAAACCAUUGCAGCGUACACUCCUUUUGAUGUUAUGAUCAAAGCAUUUAAUCGGAAAGGAGAAGGGCCUUACAGUCUGGAAACCACUGUGUACUCUGCAGAAGAAGAGCCAAGUGUCUAUCCUUCAAAGGGGAAGGCCACAGCUUUAUCAUCAUCUGAGAUUGAGGUAGAAUGGAAGUCUGUGGCUACUGUCAAUGGAGUCUUAUUGGGUUAUGAGAUCCGAUACUGGAAGGCGGGAGAUAAAGAGGCAGCUGCCGAUAGGGUGAGGUCAGUCGGCCUGGACACUGUUGCCAGAGUGGGUGGUCUAAAGCCAGAUACUAUGUACCAUGUCACAGUUCGUGCUUACAACAGAGCUGGCACUGGCCCCCCUAGCCCUACCGCCAAUGUUACUACCAACAAAGCAGCUCCAAACAGGCCCCCUGGAAAUAUUUCCUGGACAGUUUCUCGUUCCACUAUCAGCAUCAAGUGGGAUCCUGUGAUGGCAAUGAAAAAUGAGUCGUCUGUGACUGGAUACAAGAUGCUUUAUAGGUUGGAUUCACAUUCGACCCCCACCCUCUAUGUGACCAGCAAAACACGAGCAGAGCUUCCACUCCCAGAGGGUGCCAGUCAUGUGACCAUACAGCUCCGUGCCACUGGAUUGGGAGGAGAUGGGGAGUCGGCAGAGGUGCACAUUCCCACAGAUUCAGGCACCAGUAUGAUGGUAGAAAACGCUGCCUCUCAUCUACAGACUCACGCCCAAGUGGCUAACUCAGUUGUGGGUUUGGUCCUGAUGAGAUAUCUUGCAGUCUGAUACACCUCCGCUAUCACUCCGGGAUGGAAGAUUUGGAUGUAAUCUACACCUCUUUGACUUUGAAAAUCUACCAUCCUUAUCAGCAAGAGACGUCAUUCUUUUGUAGAUUACAGUUAAAAAGGGGAAUUAAACUAUUUCUGUGAGAAUACAAGUGCAUCUAGAAGCAAAAGGGCGUCACAAAUGUUUUCCUAAACAUGAGGGGAUUCACUUUUAGAAUUUGGGGGAGGGGUAUGCAAGCACUUUUUGAUGGGACACAUUGGGGAGUUUUGUCUUAUUAAGCCAUGUGUACAUGCUUUAUAAAUAGCAAGAUUUUUUUUCUACAA